AUGCUCGAAUUCCCAAAGUCCGACCGUACCGUUCGGGUGCGAAUGGUCGAUACCACCACUUUAAUGACUGUCAACACUGGAUUCCUCAUACAACCAGUGCAGCCGGGCCAUGAGAUUCUGAAUCUCACUGAUGUUGCCUUUCUUAUAGAACAUGAGGCAUCAAAUCAGAAGGUCAUGUUCGACCUCGGCACGCGAAAGGACUACUGGAACCUCCCUCCGGUCGUUCGCCAGCCUUUUGAUCAAGCCAUGAAGGCGGCGAGAGUAGACAAAGAUGUCACUGAAAUCCUUUCUGAGAAGGGAAUCGAGCUGCACGACAUUGGGUCUGUCAUAUGGUCUCACUACCACUGGGAUCAUAUAGGAAACGUCGCUCUGUUUCCCUCAACCACCUCCUUGGUUGUAGGCCCUGGUUUCAAAUCCCACCCUCAUUUACUUCCUGGCUUCCCGGACGAUGCUGAGUCUCCCGUGUCAGCGGAUGCGUUCGUUGGGAGAGACGUGGUUGAGCCUGACUUUGCAGACGGAUUAACGAUCGGAGGGUUUCGUGCACAAGAUUUCUUUGGAGAUGGUUCAUUCUAUUUGCUGGACACACCUGGGCACUGCGUCGGUCACUUAUGCGGUCUUGCCCGAACAACGGCCGACACCUUCGUCUUCCUUGGUGGUGACAUCUGCCACUUUCCGGGCGUCAUAAGACCGAACGCCAGGCUUCCAUUCCCAGACAACAUCCCGUCAGAGGCCUUGGACAAAGAUUCGUUCUUUCCAAGUCCAUGCCCAUGCAGCAUUUUCACAAAUAGUCACCCGAUAGCCAAGGUUGACCCGAGACAAGAACCCUUCUAUGAGGUUUCCGGUUACGAAGGAAGUGCUUUUUUCGACGCGGAGGUUGCACAGAAGUCUGUCACUAAACUCUUGGACUUUGAGGCAUCCGAGAAUGUUUUGAUAUGUAUAGCACAUGAUUCUGGUCUGCUACUGCAUCUUCCCACGUUCAAUGACUCGCCGUCCUCCGACCUCAACUUGUGGAAAGAGAAGGGCUGGAAGGAGAAGCUGCGCUGGGGAUGGGUCAAUGAGCUGCCACGUGCUGGUCGUCCUGGCAGGAAGCCACAUGUUGAAGGGUACUGGCGCGAUGGUAAAUUAUGGGAAGAGGCGGUGCAGACGCUUCGUCGCAAGGCAGAAACGUAG